AUGCGGCAAUUCUCGCUGCUUCCACCGGGCGCCGCCGUCCGCGUCCUCCUUCCCUUCGGCCUCCUGCUCCUCGUCUCACUCCUCGUCCUCCGCGGCCGCCCCGUACAACAGCUCCACCUCACCGUCACCAACACCCGCACCUCCGCCCCGGACCCCGCCGCCCUCUACCUCUCGCUCUCCCCGGGCGCCAACGCGACCAUCGCCGCCGACCUCCGCUUCCUCACCGCGGGGCCGCACCUCGCGGGGACGCCGCCCGCCGCGACCGUCACCUCCCACGUCCUCGCCCGCCUCCGCGCCGCCGGUCUCCACACCGUCACCCGCGACUACACCCCGCUCCUCUCCUACCGCGCGCACGCCUCCCUGGCCCUCCUCGCCCCGGACCGCGCCCUCCUGGCGCACCUCUCCGUCGACGAACCAGCAGACCCCCACCGGCGCCUCGCGCGGCCGUACCACGCCUACUCCCCGUCCGGGGCCGCCGUGGCCGAGGCGGUCUUCGUCAACCUCGGCCGCGAGGAGGACUUCCGCGCGCUCGACCGCCUCGGGGUCGCCGUCCGCGGCCGCGUCGCCGUGGCCGUCCGCGGGGGCGGCUACCGCGGCGGGGUGGUGGCGCGCGCCGCGGAGUGA